CUACGCAGACCUGAAAGAGUCGUAUUGCAAAGUGGAGAAGAGUCGCGCUGGCAAGCAGUCGAGAAAUCUCUGUCUCUCCGCGCCACCUGCAGAAGAGCUUUAUAAACCAUAUGGCGGAGACCAGAGGGAAGUUUGAUUUUGCCAUUGACCGUGGAGGAACUUUCACUGAUGUUUUUGCUCGUCUGCCGGACGGUAGAGAGCGGGUCCUCAAACUGCUCUCCCAUGACCCCCAGAACUACAAAGACGCCCCCACUGAGGGCAUCCGCCGCAUACUGGAACAGGAAGCAGGGCGCAGUUUCCCGAGGGACCAGCCUCUAGACUCGUCUCUGAUUGGCUGGAUCAGAAUGGGCACCACAGUGGCCACUAAUGCGCUGCUGGAGCGUCAGGGUGAGCGGACGGCUCUGCUAGUGACUCGUGGGUUUAAAGACUUACUGCACAUCGGCACUCAGGCCAGACCCAACCUGUUUGAUCUGAAGGUACGUAUGCCUGAGGUACUUUAUGAAGAGGUUAUUGAAGUGGAUGAGAGAGUUGCCCUGAGACAAGAUGGUUGCCAACUGCCCAGAAAGGAGCCCAAGCGUAUAGUAACAGGCAGUACAGGGGACAGUUUGGAAGUUUGGCAGGAGCUGAAUUUGCAGCAUGUGGAGAGAGAUUUGAAGGCAGUUUUGUCCAGAGGAAUCACCAGCCUGGCCGUGCUGCUGCUGCACUCAUACAUGUUAGUACAUGGCCCGGCCCAUGAGAAAGCCGUGGGAUCAUUGGCACGGAAACUCGGAUUCACCCAGGUGUCUCUGUCCAGUGAAGUGAUGCCCAUGAUCAGGGCGGUGCCUCGUGGGUACACAGUGUGUGCAGAUGCUUACCUCACACCCAAAAUACACCAAUACCUCAAAGGAUUUACCACAGGCUUCAAGGGGGCGCUGAAAGAUGUGGAUGUGUUGUUUAUGCAGUCUGAUGGGGGUCUGACCCCUAUGGAGCAAUUCAGUGGCUCACGGGCGAUUCUGUCUGGUCCCGCUGGAGGAGUGGUGGGAUACGCCGUCACUUCCUACAACUCCACUGAAAACAAGCCUGUUAUUGGAUUUGACAUGGGAGGUACAUCUACAGACGUUAGCCGCUAUGCUGGUCAGUAUGAACAUGUAUUUGAAGCUACUACAGCUGGAGUCACACUGCAGGCUCCUCAGCUGGAUAUCAACACCGUCGCAGCAGGAGGAGGCUCACGCCUGUUCUUCAGGUCAGGGAUGUUUGUUGUUGGUCCCGACUCAGCUGGUGCUCACCCAGGUCCUGCCUGCUAUAGAAAAGGGGGCCCUCUCACGGUCACUGACGCUAACCUGGCCCUCGGACGUCUGCUGCCAGACUUCUUCCCUCACAUCUUUGGCCCUGGAGAGAACGAGCCGCUCUCCAUGGAGGAAACGAUAAGGCAGUUUCAGCAGCUCACCCAUGACAUCAACCACUUCCUCUCCACCAACCAGUCACAGCACAGUGCCAACGGAGCCGGCCAGUCAAACAGCGAUGGGCCAAAAGGUUGCAAAUCAGAAAUGAGCGUGGAGGAGGUAGCGAUGGGAUUCAUCAGAGUUGCAAAUGAGGCCAUGUGUCGACCAAUCAGAGCACUUACACAGGCAAAAGGUCAUGAUACAUCUCAGCAUGUGCUGGCUUGUUUCGGGGGAGCCGGAGGUCAGCAUGCCUGCGCCAUCGCACGAGCUUUAGGCAUGAAAACCGUCUUCAUACACAAAUACAGUGGAAUUCUCUCAGCAUAUGGUUUAGCUCUGGCUGAUGUAGUAGAGGAGGUUCAGGAGCCGUGCUCUCUGCAGUAUAAUGAGGAUUCCUACUCUGAGUUGGACCACAGGAUUCAGGAGCUUACCCAGCGCUGCCACAGCACGCUGCAUCAGCGCGGCUUCAGCAGUUCUCAGAUCAGUACAGCAGUGUUCCUGCAUAUGCGAUAUGAGGGAACAGACUGUGCUUUAAUGGUCAAUGCUAGCGGCUACCCUGCUCAUGCCCAAUCCUGUCAAUCUGGAGACUUUCGCACCGCCUUUACUAAACGCUACAUGAAGGAAUUUGGCUUUACCAUUGCAGACCGGCCUAUAAUGGUAGAUGAUAUUCGUGUGCGAGGGUCAGGAAAAUCUGGCAUUAAGUCUGUGACCAUGGCCAAAGAAGGACACGGAUCCCCAGCACCAACCAAAAUGACCAAGUGUUACUUUGAGGAGGGCUAUCUGGACACCAGUGUGUACAUGUGGGAGGAUUUGUCUUGUGGCUACAGCAUUGAGGGUCCAGCUAUCAUCAUCGAUAAAAACAGCACCAUUUUGGUGGAACCAGGCUGUUCAGCCCAGCUGACCACAAGUGGGGAUGUGUGUAUCGCCGUGGGAACAGACACCCAGUGUGUGUUAGGGACGGACCUGAACACAGUGCAACUGUCCAUCUUCUCUCAUCGCUUUAUGAGUAUAGCAGAGCAGAUGGGUCGUGUGUUACAGAGGACGUCCAUCUCCACUAACAUUAAAGAGCGUUUGGAUUUCUCCUGUGCCGUGUUCGGGCCUGAUGGCGGUUUAGUGUCUAACGCGCCGCACAUACCUGUACAUCUAGGAGCCAUGCAGGAAACCGUACAGUAUCAGUUAAAGGCCGUAGGCAGCAGUCUGAAAGAGGGAGAUGUGAUUUUGAGCAAUCACCCGUGUGCUGGAGGCAGUCAUCUGCCUGACCUCACCGUCAUCACUCCAGUAUUUCGGCAUGGUGUGAGUGGCCCGGUGUUCUUUGUUGCCAGUAGGGGGCACCAUGCUGAUAUAGGGGGCAUCACCCCGGGCUCUAUGCCCCCCCACUCCACCUCUCUACAGCAGGAAGGUGCCGUCUUCACUACCUUUAAACUUGUCACCGAAGGAGUCUUCCAAGAGAAGGCUGUCACCGAAGCCCUGCUGGCUCCAGCUCAGUACCCAGGAUGCUCAGGGACACGUAAUCUCCAUGACAACCUGUCAGACCUGCGAGCUCAGGUGGCUGCCAAUCAGAGAGGAAGCCAGCUGGUGGGGGAGUUGAUUGAUUGUUAUGGGCUGGCUGUGGUCCAGGCAUAUAUGGGGUACAUUCAGAGUAAUGCGGAGCUAGCUGUCAGGGACAUGCUGAAAGAGUUUGCCCGUCGUCGACAGCAACAGACUGGCUCCCUAGAAGUGGAGGCAGAAGAUCAAAUGGAUGAUGGAACACCAAUCAGAUUAAAAGUGCAGAUAAAUGAAGAGGAGGGCAGCGCUGUGUUUGAUUUCUCAGGCACAGGGACAGAAGUGUGGGGAAACUGUAAUGCUCCUCGAGCCAUCACCUUCUCCGCUCUCAUCUACUGUUUACGGUGCAUGGUGGGACAAGACAUCCCUCUUAACCAGGGCUGUCUUACCCCCAUCAAAGUCAUCAUCCCCCCUGGCUCCAUCCUGCAGCCUUCCCUGAAUGCUGCGGUUGUGGGUGGAAAUGUUCUGACUUCUCAAAGAGUGGUGGAUGUCAUCUUCAGAGCAUUUGAAGUGUGCGCUGCCUCCCAGGGCUGCAUGAACAACGUGUCGUUCGGCAGUGAGAAGAGUGGUUACUAUGAGACGGUUGCCGGUGGUGCGGGGGCGGGGCCAGGAUGGAGUGGACGUAGCGGAGUCCACAGUCACAUGACCAACACCCGCAUCACUGACCCCGAGGUUCUGGAGAAGAGGUACCCAGUAAUCCUACAGCAGUUCUCCCUCAGGCCUGGCUCUGGAGGUCGAGGUCAUUACCAUGGUGGUGACGGGGUCAUCCGAAAGCUUCUGUUUCGGAGUAAAGUGGUUUUAUCAGUGCUGACCGAGAGACGCUCCACACGACCUUAUGGUUUACAUGGAGGCCAGAGUGGCUCUGCUGGGCUUAAUCUGUUACACAGAGCUGAUGGCAGAGUGUUAAAUCUGGGAGCGAAAACCACAGUCAGCCUAGAACCUGGGGACAUAUUCUGUCUGCACACUCCUGGAGGAGGUGGCUAUGGAAGAGAGGAAGAGGAGGAUGAAGAUGAGAAUCACAGUCCCUCCAAACGGCAGCGCCUAAACGAAGCUUUCACUGAAAGAGGGAGUGUGUUUGAGUAUCGCCGCGCUCAGGAGAGUGUCUGAACUUACAUCUGAAUUUGCGGAACCACUCAGAAACAACUGAACAAAAAUCUAGAAUCGGUCUAACUUCCACAAUUCAGAAAAGAGUGAUCUGUAUUGACCACCCAACAAAUGCGUUCUUUUGUAUCUGCUGUUGCGAGGCUUAACCAGCUUUGCAGAAUGCUGGAAAAUUCCAUUUUACCUAAUACGAAACUGUAGCACACAACUUAACGUACUUACAUUAAGCAAUGGGGAACCAUUCUUGACCUUCAGAGAAGGCCUGGUGAUUUCUGUGAAAUAAAAAAUACAUGUCUGUAAUAUUUAGUUCAUCUGUACUUGAUAGAAUUAUCAUGCUUGUUGCAUUCAAGCUCUGUAUGUAUUGUAACAGUACUUAUUUCGUUGUUAAGUUUUGGUUGGAAAAUGCAAAAAUGAAAAAUUAUCCAGUUUAGUUUUGUUCUCUCUGUGGUAAUCAUGUUUUGAUUUCUAAUGGAUGGGACCAAUUUUGUAAGGAAAAACGUCACUCUUGACCUUCUGGAAGCCCUAGACACAUCACUGACUAGCAGUACGAUGGGUAGACUGUGCGUCAGUCAGUGCGUUUCAGUCAGUUGGUAGAAAUCAAACAGCGUCAGUGGAUUCUUCACUGAAGGAGUAAAACUGCUACAGGUAAAACGUGUUAAUAUCUGUUAGAAGCUUCAAAUAAAACAUGGAACGCCAGUUACCAGCUUAAGAUGUCCGUGUUGAACCUAAAACACUCAAAAAAAAAGUUCACCCAGCAAGGGCACUGGCAGAAAUUAGCAUUAGUGUAACGUAGGCUUUUUUUUUUCUCUGUCACUGUUUGCCUCUGACAUUUAGAGUGUGUUAUUAAUUUCAAACAAUAGUUAUUUCCUUAUUUCAGCCAUACUACAGUACCUAGUGUAUGCUACAAUGUUAGCCUGUUAGGCUUCUGCUUAACCUAUCACUGAUAUCUCCUUAAGGAAAAAACUACCCUUGAUCUAAUGUGACUUUUCACUCCCAUAUACAUUAUCAUUUAGAAUUAAUAACACACUCUAUAUAUGUAGGUAUUUUAACAAAACUUGAGUGUGCUACAGUUUCUCAUUAGGUUGAAAGGGAUUUAUUUUUUUUUUGCUGCAAGUCUGUAAUGCUGGUUUGCAGCAGUAGCUACAAAAGUACACAUGUGGCCAGAGCAUGAAUGGGUCAAAUAACACUGUUCACACUUUUCACUCUGGCUAAUGCUGUUGUAUAGCCUGUUGCUGUUACUAAAGGUACCUUCUCUGUCACUGCCACUCCCAUAUAAAGCAGACACCAAACAUGCCUUGGUUGUUGGGUGUAAAAAUUGGGGCAAAUUAUCUUUUUUUUUUUUUUAAAUGAAUCAUCUGCUUAAACCUGUCAGAUCAAUGAUAACAGUAUUACUACGCCUUCAAGAUUCUGAAUGAGCAACGUUCCAGUGAAA